UUCUUCAAAUGCAAUGGAGAAAUCACAUCAAUUCAUGUUUUUUUCUUUGAACUUUCCUUUAUCUCUCUCUUUCUAUAUUGAUAUUUCCCGUCAAAGAUACAUUAUUGACUAUCUCCACUUUCUACUGUGUUUAUCACCAUCCAUCUAAUUAAUUUUUCUCUCACACCCAGGUUUUCAUUGAAAUUGAAUCACUCAAAUGGCAUUUUUCUCUCAGGUUCAGGAUCCUGCUUCUGUUCUUGGCUCAGUUCUCGUGCCAAACUCCUCGAAUAACAUGUCCAGCUUCAAUGAGGAAGGAAAUAUUAAUAGCUGUAUUUCUGAAACAAUGCUGCCUAAUAAUCAUCAUGGUUAUCUCCAGGAGAUUCCUUUGCAUGCUCAAAUUCAUGAAACUACCCCUCAUUCCGAAAACCGCAAUAUUCCUGGAGCGGAUAAGCCAAGCCCAAUGGACAAUAAGAGGAAGAACAGAAGGGCUGAUGAGAGAAGGACGAAACGUAUUCCAAAGAAACAGAAGAAAGCUCCCGAAGAACCUCCAAGUGGUUAUGUUCAUGUGAGGGCAAGGAGGGGUGAAGCCACUGACAGUCAUAGCCUGGCCGAGAGGGCAAGGAGAGAGAAAAUUAGAGCAAGGAUGAAGCUAUUGCAAUCACUUGUUCCUGGAUGUGACAAGAUGAUCGGGAAGGCUCUCAUUCUGGAUCAAAUAAUUAACUAUGUCCGAAUCCUACAGACUCAAGUGGAGUUCCUUGCAGCAAAACUUGCUUCCGUAAAUCCCGUAUGCAUUAAUGACUUUGAAGUGGACUUUGACUCAAACGCACUUACCCAGGAGAAGACUUGUUGCUUGAAUUUUCAAUUGCCACCGAAUUUCCAGGUACCUCAUCAGGAGCAAACUUUCAUGAUUAAUCACUGUCAGAACAAUGGCAAUCAAUUUUGGGGCACAGUUGACUGGAGAAACGAUCUUGUUAAUUACCUUGGUUCAGACAAAUGAGCCCUUAUUAGAGGUAAGUUUCAACAAAAUUAAUUAAGAGAACCUGCAGAGAUCAUCCUGAAAAAAUGGAAAUUUGAAGCUCUACUAUCUCUAUAUUGUCCUGAAAAUCCAAGCAACAAGUCUUGUGAAAAUAUUUAACUCUCUAUAUUCCAGACUUGUUACUAUAUUGUCCUGAAAUUUGAAGGGUUUCUCCACUAUCUCUAUCAAAGGAUUAAUUUUGAUUCCACUCUCUAAGUGCUAAGAUUGCAGUCGUUUGUUGUAAUGUAAUUGUCAGAUUUUUCUUGUAAUGGGGAGUACGAUAAAUUUCUUGCUGUGUAAUUUAAAUUGUAACAGGAUAGGAUUGCUUUUUCAGAAAAUUAGUUAAAUUAACAAUA